AUGCCCCGACCACGACCACCUCCCACUCCAGCCGGCUCGACAGACCUGAAAGCAGUGGACAAGGUUUUACACUCCUCGGAUAUGGAAACAAUCUUUUCUCUACCUCCUCCAGCAUUAAGAUCCAUCGAAGCACAAUCCCACAGUCAUAAUUCCAAAUCAACCACCCAAGAAUCCUCCUCUUCUACCACCAACACCACCGCCUUUUCCCAAAGCACUCCUCCUGUUUCUCCCAAAGACAAACCACUCACCUCGAGUCCUCGACACAAACGUACCGCAUCUGGCGCCGUCAAAGCCACCACGGAGUCUUCCUCCAACCCAGCCUCCAAUUCCUCCUACGCUCUCCCCCCACCACCCAGUCGAGCUCGAAAGAUCAUCCAAAUGAAGCCCAAAUCCACCCACAAUUCCUCCCCGGCCAGUGAUGCCAGUUAUCACCCUCCGGCCUCUACGGCCUCGAAUUCUGUCCCCAAAUCGACCGUGACUGCUGCAAAUUCCAAGCGCAAGCAACCUUCCGCUACGAGCGCGGCGGGGAGGAAAAUUGCUCGCAAAACCGCUCACAGUAUCAUCGAGCGACGUAGACGGAGUAAAAUGAAUGAAGAGUUUGGAGUUCUCAAAGACAUGAUCCCUGCUUGUGAAGGGGUUGAAAUGCACAAACUCGCUAUUUUACAGGCGGGCAUUGAAUACGUCCGGUACUUGGAGGGCUGUGUUGCGCAGCUCAAGGCCGAGAACGAGAAGAAGGGAGAAGAAGAUAAAUCGAGAAUGCAGCUUGAUGAUCAGAGAGAUGACGACGAAUUGGACGACGAAGAUGGUGAGGAGGAGGAAGAUGCGGCCGAAGAUCUUCCAGAUCCUGCUCCUCCCGCCAAAAUUCGAAGCAAUCGUCGCACCAUGUCUGCAGCCAACGAAUGGCCAUUGAGAGAUUCCCGCAAAUCUUCAAUUGCUUCGUUGAGCAGUUCAUCAUAUCCUUCCCCCCAUUUGCACUCUCAACCCCAAGGUCAAGUGGACGAACAAGGGACAACUCGAAAGCGGCCCUCGCUCCCCGCAGGUGCGGGAUCAUUCUCAGCCUCGCCAUCUCAAAUUUCCACCCAAUCAAAUGUCACCUCGGCCACUCCCACUCCCACUCUCCUCAGCCCUGCAUUCAACUCGAUCCAUUUCUCACCCGACCUUGUUCGGACUCAGACAAACAGCAGUGUUGGCAAGUCCGCCAGCAGUGGGAGCUCAGGUCUCAACCCACUAUCGACGUCAGGAUCCUGGACGACCGUCAAUCCGAACCCAAACCCGAGUCCUAGCAUGCAACCAUUACCCUCGCCCAAGGCCGCCAUGCAUCUUCCUCUACCUCAUCCUCCACCGUUGCCGUUGUCCAGCGCCAAUCUGCAACUUCCUCAACCAUGCAGCGCCACUCAGCGUGACAGAGAGACUCACAGUAAAUCUCCUGGCGCUUUGAGUGAUGGUUCGGGAACAGCCGAGGCCACUGCCAGCGCGGCGUUGAUGAUGCUGACCAACGAGUGGCGAGGCGGUGGGCGAGAACAAGCCGCUGGUCGAGGCGGUGUCGGUCAAGCUGGCGAUGCUAAAGAGAGAGGCAAGGGGAUGAGUGUGAGGGAUUUGUUGAGCUCAUGA